AGUAAUUUCAGAACAUGGCCGCCCUUUUCAGGUCGUUUUCUAGGACACCAUUCCUGGGCGCUGCUGUACGCCCUACUUUCAGCUCUAUAUACACUUCCACGCCCUCACAAUUUGUCCGUAACUUUAGUUUUGGCGCUUUGUCCGUUUCAUCCUCGUCUUCCCGCACCUAUGCUUCUCUCUUCCCUUCAACCAGCAGUUCGCCUUUUGCUUCCACAAAUAUCUUGUCAUCACCAGCAGUGCGCUCGUUGGGAUCUCCCACAAACAAGACUCAGCGGCGUUUCAACAGCUUGCAGCCUAAGAAGAUGAAGUAUCGUAAAAAGCACAAGGGCAAGAUUCCAGUUCCAAUUGGUGGGUCGACCAAAGGAACCUUUGUUGAAUUUGGAGAGUAUGGGCUUCGUAUCAAGGAAGGCACACGAUUAACUGCCAAACAGAUCCAAGCUGCCCAUACGACAAUUCGCAGAAAAAUCAAGGCCGUCAAGGGCUCACAGAUCUGGACAAGAGUUUUCCCUGAUAUUCCUGUGACGUCAAAAGGAGGGGAGUCGCGUAUGGGUAAAGGAAAGGGAUCUGUGGACUAUUAUGCAACAAGGGUAGGCAUUAACCGUAUUAUCUUUGAGGUGGGAGGAGGAGGUAUCCGCCGUGAGCAUGCAAAAGAAGCUCUGAGAUUGGCAGCAGCUAAAUUGCCUGUUGCGGUUGAAUUUGUGAUCAAGGCUGAGCAGGUGAAACCACCCAAGGUUCCUCGCGUCAAUCCUGGUAUUAUUACGAUUACCAAACUCCCUACAGCUACCCCCAAGCCCUCCGUAAAUUCAACUCCUGUUUCUUCCUCAGUAGAGGUUACUGCAUAAUUUGUUUUAGCCAUAUCAUCCCACC